AUGUUCGCGCCGAGCGGUACCCCUCUCCAAUUUCGAUGCUAUGCGGUUCCUGCUGCCGAUAAAAUUGCUAAAUUCCCUGGGACAAAGGGAUCUGAUGGCAAAUACACUGUGACGCUGAUCGAAGGAGACGGAAUUGGGCCAGAAAUAUCACAAUCUGUUAAGGACAUUUUCAGCGCUGCCAAUGUGCCAAUUAAAUGGGAGCCGGUUGACGUAACCCCAAUUUUAAAAGACGGAAAGACUGCCAUUCCAGAUGAAGCUAUCAACAGUGUGAAAAAGAACUAUGUUGCUUUGAAAGGCCCGCUUGCUACACCAGUGGGUAAGGGCCACGUCUCUUUGAACUUGACACUUCGGAGAACUUUUAACCUCUUCGCCAAUGUUCGACCUUGUCGAUCGAUUGCCGGUUACAAAACCCCAUACGACAACGUCAACACAGUGCUUAUCCGCGAAAAUACUGAAGGAGAAUACUCCGGCAUUGAACACGUCGUUGUAGAUGGAGUUGUGCAAAGUAUAAAACUUAUCACAAGAGAAGCCUCGGAACGUGUCCUUCGUUUUGCUUUCCAAUAUGCACAAGAAGUCGGCAAACACAAGGUUCGCGCCGUGCACAAAGCUACGAUUAUGAAGAUGUCCGACGGCCUUUUCCUGCGAACUGCCCGGGACAUUUCAAAGGAAUUUCCAGAUAUUGAAUUCGAUGCCGAACUGCUCGACAACACAUGCUUAAAAAUGGUCACAGACCCAAACCCGUACAGCGACAAGGUCCUUGUCAUGCCUAACCUGUAUGGAGAUAUUUUGUCUGAUAUGUGCGCUGGCCUUAUCGGUGGCCUGGGUCUCACCCCCUCUGGUAAUAUCGGAAACGAAUGUUCCAUUUUUGAAGCUGUCCAUGGAUCCGCACCCGACAUUGCUGGCAAGGCAUUGGCAAACCCCACAGCGCUUCUGCUUAGUAGCAUCAUGAUGUUGAGGCAUAUGGGGUUACAUGAUCAGGCCAAGAAUAUCGAAACUGCCAUUUUUGCGACUCUCGCCGAGGGAAAGACGCUCACUGGCGAUCUCGGCGGCAAAGCCAAGACCCAUGAAUAUGCUGAUGCCAUCAUCAAACACCUAUAA